ACCGGAUUAUCGGGUCACCUGUUAUUCUUUCUUCUUCCUUCUAAUUUACUAGGAGAGAGAAGAAGAAUCAGAAGCCGGAUUUCACCAGAUUCUUAUCAACCUUCGAAUCGUCCAUCAAUUUCAGCACUACAUAGAGAUUCAAAUUGGCUUCAAUUUCAACUAAGUCGCCGACUUGAACUUUGAUCCAUCAGAAAUUUAAAGAAGAAGAAGAAAGUGCAAGGAACAAAAAUGGCUUUAGAGAGAUUUGAGGAGCAGGACUUUCUCGCAUGCUGUGGUAGCACCAAAUUCGCUAAAGAAAUGGUGUUGGCUUCCCCUUUUACUUCCCUUGAAGAAGCCAUCGCUGCAGCCAGAAACAUCUGGUUCAACAAGGUUGAUGUGAAUGGUUGGCUUGAAGCAUUCUCUUCGCAUCCUCAGAUUGGACAAUCCGCUUCUUCUGCCCACACUUCUCACACUGCUGCUCAAUGGAGUAAGGGAGAGCAGUCAACUGCUUUAGCAACUUCUACUGGUUCCAGCUUACAGGAACUUUCUGACUGGAAUGCCCAGUAUAGGCAAAAGUUUGGAUUUAUAUUUAUUAUAUGUGCAUCUGGACGGAGUACUGCUGAAAUACUUGCUGAAUUGAAGAAACGGUACCAAAACAGGCCCAUAGUUGAGUUUGAAAUUGCAGCUCAAGAGCAAAUGAAAGUAACAGAGCUCCGCCUUGGAAAGCUCUUCUCAACCAAAACUAAACCUGCUUCCACUGGUAAACAACAUCCCACAGUUUUAGCGACAAAAGUAGAAGAAGAUCGUGUGGCUGUUAUUGGAGGACAUUUAAAGGCUGCUCCUAAUCCUUCAUCUGAUAAGGCAUCUCAAGUUCCAACUCGAACCCGUCCACCCAUUACAACUCAUGUCUUAGAUGUUUCUCGGGGUUGUCCAGCCACUGGUGUUGAGGUGCGUUUGGAGAUGUGGAAGGGCAGUCAACCCCGUCCCUUGUUUGAUAAGACAGAUAUUGGCGGUUGGAUAUUUCAGGGGUCUUCGAUUACAGAUGUGGAUGGGCGAAGUGGUCAAUUGAUGAGCAUUGUUAAUGAUGUGAACCCUGGAAUAUACAGAAUAAGUUUCAACACAGGCAAGUACUGUCCAUCUGGGUUCUUUCCAUUUGUUUCUAUUGUGUUUGAAAUCAAAGAAUCACAGAACAGAGAACAUUUUCAUGUUCCUCUGCUGCUUUCACCAUUCUCAUUCAGUACAUACCGUGGCAGCUAGAGCCUUGGUAUGUCAGUUGACAAACCAUGUUUUUUUAGAUGAAACUUUUCCAUUGCGAAUGUAGUAAAUACUCUUAUCAACUUACGUUGUUAAAAGUAAUAAUAGUUGAUGCUUGUUCUCUGCC